CCAGGCCCGCUUUUAAGGAGCCAGGCCUGAGCAGAGGCCCUCGGAGAGCUGAGGCCCAGCCGUGAGACGUGCAUCCUCGGUCCACUGAGCAGGAGUGGCCCAGCAGCAGCAGCGCAAGGAGCCACUGAAGAGGGACCUCGCCCUCCAUUCUGACUAUUCCCCCCAAGAGACAUGGCCCCAGCCAGAGCAAGAUUCUGCCCCCUGGUGCUGCUCCUGCUGCUGGGCCUGUGGGUGGCCGAGGUCCCGGUCAGCGCCAAGCCCAAAAACAUGACCUCAGCUCAGUGGUUUGAAAUUCAGCACGUGCAGCCCAGCCCCAAGGCAUGCAAAGGGGCGAUGAGCAACAUCAACAAACACACAAAUCACUGCAAAGGCUUCAACACCUUCCUGCACGAAUCCUUCUCCAGUGUGGCCGCCACCUGCCAGAACCCCACCAUAACCUGCAAGAAGAGCUCUGGGUCACGGAAGAACUGCCACCAGAGCAAGGGGCCUGUGUCCCUGACCACGUGUGCGCUCACCUCGGGGAAGUACCCAAACUGCGAUUACAAAGAGAACACACAGCAAGCUUCUUACAUCAUAGCCUGUGACCCUCCCCAGAAAGGGGACGCGGAAAAAGUCCACCUGGUUCCUGUGCACUUGGACCAAAUCAUUUAGCUUUCCAGCCUUUCUCACUCUGGGUUUCCUUUCCUCUCCAGGCCUCUGUGCUGCUCCUUCUAUGCCCAGAAGGUUCUCUUCCUUUCGUUUCUUGGGGCCUCUCCCAGCUCAGGCUUUUCUGAGGGGCAGCUUGGUGGGCUAAACUCCAGAAGAGACGAUCUUUUAUCUUUUUGUUGCUGUUUUCCCAGAAACUUAUCCCAAGAGAGGAGCUGAGCACGCUGAGGGGUGGGGGUUCCCUGGCCUGUGCCUGUGCAUUUCUCUGCCCUGUCUAUCAUGGCAGCACAGUGGUUCUCAACCUUCUGGCCCUUUAAAUACAG